GCUAUUCCAUCUCUUACCUCUUUCUCUCUCUUUUCCAUUGUUGGUGGUCAAUUACUGUUCCUGCUUCUGUUUUCUUCUGAUUACAGAAGCAGACAUCUUUCCAUAUUUUCUUUGUUUACUAAAUCUUUAUAAAAAUCUAUUCAGUAAAACUGUCAAUUCCGAUCCAAAAUCAAAUGGGUUUGCUUUGAAUUCGACAGUUUUACUGUAUUUACGAUCAAAAUCCAACCUAAAACAGCAAAAAAAGGAAAACAGAGCAUCCUCUGUUUUCUGUGCUUUCAGUUUCUUGUGUAUCUUGCUCUGUAAACAAGAAAAUGGGGACGAUUCCAACGAUUAAAAUUCCAGUAGAAUCGUUUACAAAUGGUGGAGACGACAUCACAGGGAGAAUCAUGGUGAUUGGGGGCCAAAUCAAGGCGCCAUUAGUGGUGCCAUUGUUGAGAAUGUUGAUGUAUGUUUCUCUUGCGAUGUCUGUAAUGUUGUUCAUAGAGAAGGUUUAUAUGUCUUUGGUGGUUGCAUUCAAGAAAUUGUUUGGGAAAAAAGCAGAAAAACGUUAUAAAUGGGAAUCAUUCAAAGAUGAUAUUGAAUUGGGUAACUCUGUUUACCCUUUGGUUCUUGUUCAACUUCCGAUGUUUAAUGAAAGAGAGGUUUAUCAGCUGUCGAUUGGAGCUGCAUGUGGGCUUUCAUGGCCUUCUGAUCGUAUUGUAAUUCAAGUUCUUGAUGAUUCAACAGAUCCAGUGAUCAAGGGUUUGGUGGAAAUGGAAUGUGAAAGAUGGGCAAAUAAAGAUUUUCAACCAGAAUCUGAUUUUCUUUGGAAAACAAUCCCGUUUCUUCAUCAUAAUUCUGAACUAGGUCUUGUUCAAGCUCGUUGGAAAUUUGUGAACUCAAAUGAAUGCUUGAUGACAAGAAUGCAGGAGAUGUCACUUGACUACCAUUUCAAAGUCGAACAGGAAUCUGGUUCUUCUACUCAUGCAUUCUUUGGCUUCAAUGGGACUGCUGGAGUUUGGCGAAUGGCUGCACUUAAUGAGGCUGGAGGAUGGAAGGAUCGUACCACAGUUGAAGAUAUGGAUCUAGCAGUUAGAGCUAGUCUUAAAGGCUGGAAAUUCUUGUACAUUGGUUCCGUGAAGGUUAAGAACGAAUUGCCAAGUUCAUUUAAAGCUUAUCGUUACCAACAACAUCGUUGGUCAUGUGGUCCAGCAAACCUUUUCAGGAAAAUGAUUUUUGAGAUCAUGAUAAAUAAGAGAGUUACAUUGUGGAAAAAGAUACAUGUGAUAUACAGUUUCUUUUUUGUAAGAAAAAUCGUAGCUCAUAUUGUUACGUUUGUAUUGUAUUGCGUUGUGAUUCCGGCAACUGUGAUGGUACCUGAAGUUAUGGUUCCGAAGUGGGGUACAGUUUAUAUUCCAGCCAUCAUCACCCUUCUAAACGCAGUUGGAACUCCAAGGUCCAUACAUUUGGUGGCAUUUUGGAUUCUUUUUGAGAAUGUCAUGUCCCUCCAUCGAACUAAGGCUACGCUCAUCGGACUUUUUGAGGCUCAAAGAGUGAAUGAAUGGGUUGUUACCGAAAAGCACGGGGAUCCUUCCAAGGCUAAAAUAACAACAAAACAACAUAAAAAGCUUGGCUUCAAACUAAGUGAACGGCUUCUUACGCUAGAGAUUUGUGUGGGUCUCAUCCUCUUCAUAUGUGCUUGCCAUGAUCUUGUAUUUGGGAAGUACCACUACUACAUAUACCUAUAUAUGCAAGCUAUAGCUUUUAUCAUAAUUGGAUUGGGAUAUGUUGGCACCGAUGUUCCCAACUCAUAGAUGAUGUUAUUUACUCAUCUUCAUUCGAUCGACAAACACGGUAUACUUGUACCUUGACCUUUCGGUCAUUAGCUACAACGUAUAAUUGUUGUUUUUGAUAUGCAACUUUAUUGCACUUCAUUUGAUUGUUACCUUUGUUUGUAUAUCGAAAAAUUUGAUAAUUUUAUACAAAGAAGAAAAAAAACACAAAGACAAAUAGAUAAGCAAAAGUUGGGUGUGGCUUUACGAAAAGUUAUUAAGUAGAAGGGCUUAUUUGUAAUUACUGAGUUUUAUAGGUUUAGUUUUGCAAUUUUGAUUAUGUUUUUUGUAUAUGUAACUUUUUAUUUAUUUAAAAUAAUAGGUGGGAUAAUGACAGUGAACGAAUAAAUGU